GACCAAUGCCGCAUCCGUAGACCAUGUAACGCAGGACAUGGCGGCGUCCUGGGUGAGCCGUGCUGGCAGGUGCUAGCUAAAGCAGCUUGGUUGCACUUUAUAGGUGAUUAAAUGGAUUCUUAGACUCCGACCUCGUGUAGUUCAGAUAACUCGAACAUAACCGGCAGCCAUGGGUUUUCAGGGCGUGCUGCUGGCUGCUCGGAUCUGUCGCUCCUCCUGUGCUGGGCUCCUGUUUCCUCACAGACUGACUUCAGUGCAGAGUUUACGAGCUUUCACUGCUGUUUCUAAACGGUCUGUGCAAGUUACCGACCAAACAUCUGUCUUUACUCCAUCGCGGUGGUUUUCGCCGCUUUCACCUUCACCCCGAGGUCGAGCUCACGGGCUGGUCAGCCAGCAGCUGGGGGGCCGGAGUUCACACUCCUUCACAUCCACAGCUGUGGUGAAGGAUGUGCUGCUGUUCGAGCAUGACCGAACCCGCUUCUUCAGGGUCUUGGCUCUGUUUUGUGGAGGUCAGUUUCUAUUCUGGACCUACUUGGCCUACUUUGCGUUCACGGGCCUCCGAGACACCCGAAAAAGCAGGAAAGAGCCUCAAAGGGUCAGGACUGAUUUGGGGCUUUUCAGUUUUGACAUGAAUCUGGGGUCUAAUGCCUGGAGAUUUGGAUUCACACUUGGUUGUCUUGUCAUUGGUGGAGGAAUUGUUGGACUGGGUGUGUUGUUCAGCCGUCGCUCUGUCAGCCGCGUUGUCCUGCAUAAGGGAGGUGGAAAGGUGACCGUGCAUACCCAGUCACCUCUUGGAGCAAACAAAGCCUGGCAUCUAACAGUGCCUUUGAAUCAGGUGGCGUGUCAUGCACAUAGGCAGGAAUCCCCCUCCUUCAUCCCUCUCAAAGUUAAAGAUCACAAGUUCUACUUCCUUAUGGACAAGGAAGGGACACUGAACAAUCCCAGACUUUUUGAUAUCACAGUUGGGGCCUACAGACCACUAUAGGCAUUGUCCUUCCACACAGUCAGCAACCUCCAAGAAAUGUAAAUGUUCUCCUGAAAUGCUCUUGAUAUCUUUUCAUUUGGAACCUGGCAUAUAAUAAUUGAACAUCCAUGUUUUUCUGGCUCUAUCAGCAGUUUCAGAAGAAAUAAAAUACUUCUAUAUAUACAUCA